AAGCCCUACCUCCCUUCUUUAUAGGGCCGGUUCACCGACAAACGCCACCAAAACUUUCCUUCCUUUUCUCGUCCGUUUCCCGAUCAACAGGGCUUCGUUUUCCCACAAAUGGCGAACGAAUCUUCGUCUUCUAUUCGCCCGCCGCCACCGCUGGCGUCGAUGCCGUCUUCGUCUUCGCCUUCGCCUUCGCCAUCAACUUCUACCUUUUCGGUAGAUUCGUACAUAGGGAGUUUCAUCAGUUUGACGUCGAAGUUCGAGAUCCGAUACGAGGGCGUCCUUUACUACCUCAACCCCCAAGAUUCCACCCUUGGCUUGAAGAACGUAAGGUCUUUUGGAACUGAAGGACGAAAGAAAGAUGGCCCACAAGUUCCUCCAAGUGACAAAGUGUAUGAAUACAUUUUGUUUCGAGGAAAUGAUAUUAAGGAUUUGCAAGUGAAGUCCUCGCCACCUGUUCAAAGAGAGGAGCUGAUACAAAAUGAUCCUGCCAUCAUAAAGUCACAUAGCUUGGUGGGCGCUUCAAAUUUAUCAAAAUCAGUUUCAGUUGGCAGUGGAUCCUUGGCACAAUUAAGUCCUUACCAGGAACCCUUUACUUCAGCAAAUUUAACUUAUCCUAUCCCAUUGCCGUCAUAUCAAUCUGGAAACCCGGUGGGGUCUUUGCAAUCAACUCAAAAUGUCAAAUUGUCAACCUCACCCACUUAUUGGCCAGGGUAUAAUGAAGCAUCAAGCAAUAUCCCUUAUGCUACACAAUUUUCUAACCCGUUAGUUCCUAGCUCCUCUACGACAACUUCAUUGCCUGCAGCAAUGCAAACUUAUUUGCAGCCUUCUACUACUCUUCCAUCCACGGCCUCUGGAUUGAUGUAUCCAUCAGAUGUUGCUCCUGCAUCUUUACUUACUACUUCUAGUUCUGUACAUUUAAAUGUUACCCCUGCUCUUGCUCCAGAACAGCCUUCUUACUCUUCCAGUAUGCCUUCUCACCUUUCACUUCUGACUGCUAAUAGAUUAAACAGGUUUCCAUUUGUUUCAUCAUCCCAAGAUUUGAAUGUUACUGAUGCUUCAGUUGUUGGUAAUGCUGGUUCUGGCUCAAUACCAGCCCUUUCUGUUCAGUCAUUGCCAUAUUCUACCUCUUCUAUUGCAGAUUCUGCAUCAGCCCCUUUGAUAAAAUUGCAGCAUACUUUGUUAACUCCAGAUCAAUUAGCACAGACUAGUCCUUCUCUGCUUUCUUCUGUACAGAAUCCCCAUUCUGUUGAGAAAGAUAUGCUUGCCCUGGAUACAGCAUCCGUAAAUUUGCCUUCCCUGGUUACUACUUCAGCAGUUCAAGCGCCGCUGCUGCCCUUGCCACCCUCUACGCAACAGUUCACUGAAGAAUUUGAUUUUGAGGCCAUGAAUGAGAAGUUUAAAAAGGAAGAAGUAUGGGGUUAUCUUGGUGCAAAGAAUGGGAACCAAACCAAGGGGAUCGAGGAGAAUGCAGGCGGUCAAAACUUUGGUCAUAUGGGGGCUUAUGGCCUAGUAUUACCCAAGCUUGAUCCUAAACCGGCAUACAAGAAGGAUGAGUUCUUUGAUACACUCUCGCGCAAAUCAUUUGUCCAGGGCAAUGGACCAAGGAAUGGACAUAAUCGGUUCUCAGAGCGAAUGAAGCAGGAUACUGAGACCUUUGGCAGUUUUCACCAGAGACCUCAUCUUUGGUAUGGAGGCUAUGGUGCAGGACGCAGUGAUAACUAUAGGGGCUCAUAUAGCCGGGGAAGGGGAUAUAACUACCAUGGAAGGGGCGGAGGAAACUGGCACACUGACAUUUGAAUUUUUAAUGCUUUAAAGGUGCAUGUUUGCCAGUGUAUUACGGUUAUGCCAUUGACAUUUGUUAUCAUCAUUGCUCAAUGUUGUUCCAGUGAUGAGCUUCAAGAUCAUAGGUGUGGAAAUUGUGGCAAGUGGCUAGUUAGUUGGUAGUAGUUACUGAUACGGUGGGCUCAUGCCCUUCUUUUUUUUGGGUAUAUAUGGGCUCGCCUUACUGGUACUCUUUUAGGCUGCAAUCAUCCAUGAAUGGACUUUUGUGGAGAUUAUAGUUGAA